AUGGUCUACUGCGCGAGGGGUCUUCUGGUGCUGGUCCUGCUGGCCGCCGCCGUUCUACAUGCGCGGGCCAUGGAAAAGGUGACGAGAGAUAAACGGACCCUGGACCUGGUGCUGAGAAGUGUCGCCGACGUUUUUGGGUACGACGUACAGAAGAGGCCGACAGUCCUGCCACCGCCUCCGUUGCCGCCCGCAAAACCAACAUUCUUUCCGCCGCCGCUAAAGCCCUUGCCACCGCCUGCUAGGAGGUUUUUCCCUGCUCCCAAAGCUGUAGCUUCGCCUCCUCCAGCUCAAACUCAAGCUCCUGCCGCUGUCGCCCCUGCUGCACCAGCUCCUGCAGUACCACCUGUAGCUCCUGUUGCACCAGCUCCUGCAGUACCGCCUGCAGCUCCUGUUGCAAAACCUCCAGUCGCUGCAGCACCAGCCCCUGCAGCACCGGUUGCUAAACCUAUUGCUGCAGUACCGGCUCCUGCAGCUCAAUCACCAGCUGCAAAUUCACCGAUGCGAAGACCGGUUAUGAGACCUCUGAAAGCUGUGCCAAAUACACCACCUGCCAGACCUCCACCUCCUCCAAGACCUACAGUUCCUCCACUGCUUACUGAGAAUAUUAGGAAAACCUUCAAUAUUGCCUUCAAUUACAACAGAGGAAUACAAACGCAAGCUCCACCGGUUCCAGCAGCUCCUCCAGCACCACCAGCGCCUGCAGCUCAACCAGCUCCACCGCCGCCGCCAUCACCCGCAGCUCCAGCUGCACCACCUCCUCCGCCGCCGCCACCGCAAAGACCCGUAAAAUCUCGACCCAGACCUUUCAGACCUCCUCAAGCUACACCAGCAAAACAACCGCCACCAACAACAGCCAUACCUCCACCACCGCCUCCUCCGCCAACAACAACAAAAACUCCUCCACCACCACCUCCAAUGAACCUUCCGCCUCCACCGCCCAAAGCCCCGGUUGCGCCAAAACCAGCACAGCAAACCGAAUACGAAGACGACGAAGAUUACUACCAAAACUACGAUAACAGAGAUAACGAAGCGUACUACGAUUAUGCAGACGCAGAACAACCUGCCCAACCGGCCCCAGCAGAUACCCGGGUAAAUUAUGAAGACUCGAAGCAACGAUUUCGGCAAUCUGUGGAGGCCUUCUGGGAGGGAUCGCCCUGGAUCCAGCAGAAUAACGGCUACAAGUACUUGACGAACCCCGAGGAACCUGCAAAAUACGAAGAAUACGAGCUUCCCGAAGAGUCGCAGCAGAAGAAGCGCAAGUACCCGAAGAAGGCAAUCUACGUAAAACCGCAAUAUUACGGCACUCUUCCUGCACCGUUGCAUCAAUUGGACGGUAAGCAGCAUCCCGGUGCAGCGCCGUCUCCCUUCGACGCCGAAUCUGCUGCAACCGAGAUCAAGGCCCACAUCCAGGAGGCGCAACCGGUUGUUUCCAAAUACGUUCCGGACAGUUACGACGCAAACUUCUCCUUCGAGAUGCCCGAACCGCAACCCUUCAAUUAUACUCAGCACGAACGGCUGACUGCUUACGAAGACUCCGACAGCGAUCUGUCACCGAAUUCCCAUCGCAGUGAAUCCCAAUCCAACAAGCACAUCAUGUUUGUCAGCUCGCAACCAAACAUUACCCAGACCAUCAUCUACUGA